AUGUCUCGCCAUGCUGUGGAUGAUGGUUGUAACGAUAACGUUGUAUCCAAAAGUGCCAAUGCUUUUGUAAAUAUGUGUAUUGCAACAUCGACACCAAAUGCCAUAUCCCUAGCAGAAAUUGAGGAGGCUACGAAAAGCGAUCACACAAUGCAAUGCGUCUUUAAAUUUUUAUCAACUGGCAAAUGGGAUUUACGGGAGGCUGAAGGUGUUAGUGAUGUAGAUUUAAGUAAUCUCCAACAAUUUCAAAAUGUAAAGCAUGAGUUGACCAGUGUUAAUGAUAAAUUGUUGCUUAGGGGAUCUUUGAUUGUAGUCCCUAAUGCCCUACAAGGUAAAAUGGUAGAUCUUGCACAUGAGGGUCACCAAGGGGAGGCCAAGACAAAGAAACUUCUCAGGUCAAAGGUGUGGUUCCCUAAGCUUGACAAGCUUUGUGAGGUGGUAGUUAAAGAGUGUAUUCUAUGCCAGGCAGCAACACCUCAGUCAGUGCGUGCACCCCUCAAAAUGACUGAUCUCCCGAAUGGUCCCUGA